UUCAGUUAAUUUACCAUGUUUGAAGGAAUGAAAAAGUAUGAUCCAUUAAGUCCACCUGCUGCUUCAAAGACACAAACAAGAAGCUAUUAGUUGUUUGGCUAAAUACUGUAACAGGAGUCUUUGUCGUGCACACAGGAGACAGGUGAGUAAGAGCCUUAAGUAGCCAGACUGAAGAUUUGAUGAAAUGCUUCUAUUAUGAUACUUUGCAGCCUGUGGAACAGGGAAGCUGGUUACUUGAUCCUCUGCUAUACCUGAACCUCAUUGUUGCAGCUUUUAAUAACUGAAUAUCCAGACCUCCUAUAAAGGUGCCUUUAAGGAAAGAAUGAUGGGACAAGAAUCAGCAUUCAGAGCCAGAAAUGGGCAACAAGCAAACCAUUUUCACUCCAGAGCAGCUGGAUGCAUAUCAGGACUGCACAUUCUUUACAAGGAAAGAAAUUCUGAGACUGUUUUACAGAUACCGAGAUCUAGCCCCACAGCUAGUUCCACUUGACUACACAGAUAAACCAGACGUGACGCUUCCCUAUGAACUCAUUGGCAGCAUGCCAGAGCUGAAGGACAAUCCAUUUCGUCAGCGGAUAGCAGAGGUUUUCUCGGAGGAUGGAGACGGCAAUAUGACUUUAGAUGAUUUUUUGGACAUGUUUUCAGUGCUGAGUGAAAUGGCUCCCAGAGACUUGAAAGCUUAUUAUGCUUUUAAAAUUUAUGAUUUUAACAAUGAUGAUUACAUAUGCAAAUCAGAUCUAGAGAAAACUGUUAACAAAUUAACCCGAAAUGAACUUACCCCAGAAGAAGUUAGCCUUGUAUGUGAAAAGGUGAUUUAUGAAGCUGAUGUGGACAACGAUGGCAAGCUGUCUUUGGAAGACUUUCAGCAUAUGAUAAUACGAGCUCCAGAUUUCCUCAGUGAAACAUGCAGAUGGAACUGCUUCUUGAACAUUCAACAACUACUACUUCACCUGAGAUUACCACCCAUGAGAGAGCAGAAUGAGAGGAGCAAAGACGACAAUUUCUGGUAA